ACAACACGUGCAUGCCUGCCUGUGCUCGAUCUGGGAGAUCAACACAGGGUAAGGUAGCCGGUAGCUAGCUCCGGCGGGUCGCUAGCUACCGUUGCAUUGCCGUCGCGGCCAGUUUGAGUUCGGAGACAACAUGAGGCUGGGGUUGGGCAGCCUGCACGCGGUGUCCUUCCUCCUCGGCGCGGCCCUUCCCACUGCCCUUCUCUUCUUCCUCGCGUCCGACCGCCUCGGCGAGGGCGUGUCCAGCAUCUCGACGAGCUGGAGCUGGCGAGGGAAAGGAAUCAUGCUGCAGGUUGGCGCGGCUAAGCCGGAGGCCAAUACUCUUAUUGCCGGCGACCAUGCUGCUGCUGCUUCUCCUACGCAAAAUCAUCACGAGGUCGAAUUCGCGGACCUAGCUGAGCUGCUCCCGAAAGUGGCCAUGGAGGACAGGACAGUGAUAGUCACGUCGGUGAAUGAGGUAUGGACGGAGCCCAACUCCCUGUUCGACAUCUUCCGCGACAGCUUCAAGAACGGCGAGGACAUCGAGCACCUCCUCAACCAUGUCCUCGUAGUCGCCGUGGGCGCAAAAGGGUUCGACCGCUGCAAGGCUGUUCACCCUCACUGCUACCUCUUCGAGGUGAAAUCCAUGGACAUGAACAUGGCCAAGUAUUUCGGGACCAACGAAUACGUGGAGUUGGUUUGGCUCAAGCUCUCUUUCCAGCAGCGCGUCCUGGAGCUCGGCUACAACGUCCUCUUCACGGAUGCCGAUAUACUAUGGUUUCGCAACCCGUUCCGGCACAUCUCCGUCUACGCCGACAUGAGCUGCGCGUUGGACAACUCCAAGGCCACGUCUGUUCUCCUGAACAACACGUUCAACACUGGGCUCUACUACAUGAAGUCGACGAACCGGAGCAUCAAGAUGGUCAAGUACUGGCGGGCGGCCAGGGCAAGGUUCCCCGGCGAUCACGACCAGGUGGUGUUCAACAAUAUCAAGUACGAGCUCAUCGGCGAGCUCGGGGCCAGGAUCCAGCCGCUCGAGACUGAGUACAUAAGCGGGUUCUGUGACUUCUACGAGGACGGACUGGACAAGGUCUGUACCAUUCAUGCCAACUGCUGCAUGGGGCUGGAGAAGAAGGUGCAUGACCUCAAGAAUAUAGCCGCGGACUGGAAGAAUUACACGAGCCUGACGCCGGAGGAGAGGAAGAAAGGGGCUGUCAAGUUGACGGCCCCAAGCGAGUGCCGGAAGUCGAUGGGGUGGCAUUAACCCUGACACGCAAUAGAGAGAGACCCUUUUUUUCAAGUGGACAAUUAGAUUGCUGCACACACUUGUAUUUUUUUUAAGAAAAUAGAAAUAGUUUCAAGCCUCGAUGCACACACUUGUAAAGAGGUAUGAAGUAUCAAAUUUCACACUGUCUGAACUCUGAGAUCCAAAUAAAUGUCAUGUUGUUGA